AUGCCGGUAUAUCAGGAUCCAGAUCGCUGCCAGGAGUAUAGCUUCUGGCUCACGGCCCUGAGUCCGCUUCCUCGCCCCGUAACACCACAGCGUCCCCGUCAGACAGAUGUGGCGGCAGAGACCGUUGAAGACGAAGCCAUGAUAGACGGGCCGUCUCUCGAAACCGCCAUGGAAACGCCUGGCUGUUCUGGCCCUCAGACGAGCAGCCGUGAAGAACUGAUCAGGAGAAUCAAGGACGGCGAAAGCCCAACAUGGGUUCCCAACCGUGCUCUCGAAGAAUACUUCGCCACACAUGGCGACUCUCCGCUCGAGAGACUCGAGGAGAAGAAGAGGAAGAGCUCGCCCUUGCUGCCGUCGGUUGAGCUUGAACGUUCACCUGAGCAGGAAGCCCCCAGCUAUAGAUCGUGCGGUUCACCGGUUAGUAUCGAGCGUCCAAGGUCAGCUCUGCACUCGGGAGACUUUCGUGAAUGCUCUCCCAAGAUCCUGGGGUUAGAGCAGCUGGCUCAGCCCCCGUUUACUGAUGUCUCGAGGGAGUCCUUUCAGGCACCAGGCUGGGUUGACUCGAACGUCGAACCUACGCCAGCGCCCUUGGAUGCCUUUGCUGAUAUCAAUUUUAACCAUCGCCAAUUACUCGGUACUCCGCUAGGAAGGUCUAGAGCUCCAUCUCUCGGCUCGGUUCCUUCAAGCUACAUCCUGAAGGCGCCCACCAGUCCCCUCGUAAUCCAGGCAAACAAUCCGGAUCUAGACUUCUCCGUCAAGGAUGAACAUAUGGACAUAUGUUCAAGUUCUGAAAAGGCCAGCAGGCGACGGACUCUACCUCCGGAAACUUUUCGAAAUUUCCCAUCUUCUCCUUCGUCCUAUUACCAAGCACAUCAGCCCAGGAGGUCUAUUACAUCCAUGCGAAGCUUACAGAUAGCCUCGUCUCCUCAGGGUCCCGACUUUUACCGUCCCAGACGGCCCUCCCAGUCCGCAGAAGCAUCUCCCUUGCAUCACGCCUCCAUGGUCGGAUCAUAUGAAGAAUCGAUCCUCAGAGGCAGGAUGUCCACCAACCCAUCCAAACCGCUGGACUUCACUGCCGAGAUAGGAGUCCUUGGAAAGGGCAAUUGCAAAUCUAACCUGAGAUGCCCCCCGCAUGUCACCGUGCCCUUUCCCGCCGUGUUUUACAGCUACUCUGGCUCGGCUAGCGGUAUGAACAUAGCAGAUGAUAGCCCGAGUCCAUACGUCGGCUUUAUCGACCUUGAAAACUCUCUUCCUGGCGAAAGCAGAGCCCAUGCUAAGAAGUCGAAGAAGCAGCCAGCUCCACGAAAAUGUCCAUGUCACCCGCCAGAAGAGGCCGUUGCUUCUUCAGACCUGUCUCUCUCGCCCCAUGGCGAGAUCCGGGCACGGGAAAAGCGAUCCCGCCGUUCGCAGUCCCCAAAGUCACCUCCAGGUGGAUGUUACCGUAUUCCACAGCAAGGUCAGCUACAGAUUAUCAUUAAGAAUCCAAACAAAACGGCCGUGAAGCUCUUUCUUGUACCCUACGACCUUGAAGGUAUGGAGCCGGGCACCAAGACCUUUAUCCGACAACGAAGCUAUUCCACCGGUCCCGCAGUGGACAUUCCACAAACAAUGCCAACCACCGAUGAUUCUCCCCAGGACAAGCCGGUCCUUCGCUAUCUAAUCCAUAUCAACAUCUGCUGUCCCUCCCGUGGUCGUUUCUAUCUGUACUCUGGAAUCCGCGCCGUAUUCGCAAACCGAGUUCCGGACGGCAAAGAAAAGCUACGGAACGAGUUACAAUACCCAGAGCCACGAUUCAGUGGCUAUAAGCUAUCAAAGGAAUCCGCCAGAUUAGCGGCUGAUAAAGCGCAGCAGCACCGUCGACGCAGCUCUGGCAUACGACUGGGCGCUAGGGAACAAGUCAGCCCCUCACCUUUUGGUGCAGGAACACUCUCGCCCAUUCAACCUUCGCCAUCACUCUGUCCCCAAAUGCCUGAACUCCUCGGCUUCCAUACGCAAUCCCAGACGCGUGAGAACAUUUUCCCAAGCCCGUUAUACAUGCCUCCCGCCGGGUGGCGUAUCCGGCCUAGUGCAGGUGCUCUAGAUACCUUCGACGGUAUAUCAGACAUUUCCACUUCACCACGAUCAAAAACGCGACCUUUCAACGAUAUCGCCUACUAUCUCGCAAACUACGAGAUCUAA